AUGAAGACUGAAAACCCGAAGAAGAAGACGAAGACUGAAGGAUCGAAGGAGAAGACGAAGUAUGAAGACCCGAAGGUGAAGACGAAGAUUGUAGACCUGGAGGAGAAGAUGAAGACUGAAGACUCGAAGGAGAAGACGAAGACUGGAGACCCGAAGGAGAAGAGGAAGACUGAAAACCCGGAGAAGACCAGGUCUGAGAACCCGAAGGAGACGACGAAGACUGAAGACCCGAAGGAGAAGACGAAGACUGAAGACCCGGAGGAGAAGACGAAGUCUGAGGACCCGAAGGAGAAGACGAAGACUGAAGACCCGAAGGAGAAGACGGAGACUGUAGACUCGAAGGAGAAGACGAAGACUGAAUACCCGAAGGGACAAACGAAGGCUGACGACCCGAAGGAGAAGAUGAAGACUGAAAACCCGAAGAAGAAGACGAAGACUGAAGGAUCGAAGGAGAAGACGAAGUAUGAAGACCCGAAGGGGAAGACGAAGAUUGUAGACCUGGAGGAGAAGAUGAAGACUGAAGACUCGAAGGAGAAGACGAAGACUGGAGACCCGAAGGAGAAGAUAAAGACUGAAGACCCGGAGGAGAAGACGCAGACUGAAGACCCGGAAGAGAAGACGAAGACUGUAGACUCGAAGGAGAAGACAAAGACGGGAGACUCCAAGGAGAAGACGAAGACUGAAUAUCCGAAGGAGCAAAUGAAGGCUGACGACCCGCAGGAGAAGAUGAAGACUGAAAACCGAAGAUGA